AUGAUAAAUUUCUCUUUUCCGGUUCGAUCCAGCUCACUUACCCAACGACUGCGAGGAAACUAUGUUACAGGUUAUGGCAUGGUGUUCACUGCAAGGAAAGAUGACACUGCUGACAAAAGAGCUUUCUCUUAUUUUGUACAUCAUUAUUUCAGUUGAAGUGGGCUAGCUGUUCACAACUAGGAAGCUAGUUUUGACAGUUAAGUGGUGCUUGAACUAUUGUGUUGAGGCUGACAGAACAUAGUUUCUUCAAGAUGAGCACGACAAUGUUCCGCUGUGAUCACUGUAACACUACAAUGACGGGUUCGGAGAAUUACCAGCAACAUAUCGAAGGCAAAAAGCACUUGAAGAAACUGAAAGCUCUUAGUAUGGGAUCAAGUUCUGUUACACAGGCUUCUACAGAGACUGGCAAUGGUCAGAGUGCACAAGAAUUAGUCACAGUCAAAGGUUAUGGAGGUCAGUUUGUAAAACCUUCAUCAGACACAGGUAACCAAGGAAACAAGGUUGAUCUACCACCACCACCAAAAAAUGUAAAUGCAGCCCAAAUUCUUGGAACAAAUAAUGCUGACCCAGUAAUGAAUGCUGUGAAGGCAAAUCUUCUAGGUAAACUACCUUUGAAACGUCAGGCGUAUGAUGGUAAAUGUGAAGUUUGUGAUGUAGAAUACACAUCAGCGUCACAUGAGGAACAACACUUGUCAGGAAAGAAACAUAAAAAGAAAGUACAGGCAAAAGAAGUAACAGGAGCGAAUGCAGCCACAUUAUUCUGUGGAUUCUGCAAUCUGCAUGUCAACUCAGUAGAGCAGAUGGAUCAACAUAGAAGUGGGACUGCACACAAGAAAAAAGUUGAAAAUGCUAAAAAAGCACAACAAGAGACACAACCACCACAUUCCGCUGCAAAGAAGAAAUUUGUACCAAGCAGUGGGACAGAAUUCUCAGAUCAGAUGUUGAUGCCUCCCCUACCCCCUGCUGCACUACUGGAUCUGAAACCACUUACAUAUGAUAAAUGAACAUAUUGUAUCAUUUAAUUGGUAAUCUUUUUAAGAAGUGGGCAAUUAACUUGAUGUCACCAGUCCUCGGCCUUGGUGGCAUCAGUUUAUGGGAAUUGUACAAUAAAUGAACAGUUUGUGUAGCAUAUAUUGGAGUUUAAAGUUCCUGGUGAAAUUUUGUAAACAGUAUUCUUAAAAGAUCAGAAGAUCAAAAGCAGAAUAUUACAAAAUAACAGAUUAUUUGACGUAGAUGUUUUCCAUUUCUUUAAGGUAAAUAUUACCAGAACUUUUUGAGUACCAAAAAAAGUUUUUAAGUUAAGAAUGGAUUGAAACUUCACACACUUGUCCACUGUCAUAAUUUGAUAUGCAAUAUACAGGUUCCAUAACCCUGUUUUGCAAUUUUAAAAAAUUAUGCCCCUUUUUCAUUCAGUUGACAAAGCUGUUGAAUAGUCGAGCGUUACUGUCCUCCAACAGCUCUUGUUAUUAAGAAGAUUGUAUAUGUAUUUAAUGCUAUAUUAUCAUAAAUAACUGUGGUGUCCUACAGAAUUGUGAAAUAUUUCAGAACUAAAUAUCAGUGGUCUUCAUUUCAAUAUGUUGAACUUGUAAAAACUCUGCUUUUCGCAAGAAGAAAAUGAAGUGUUCAACAUAAUUGCUGCAAAAAGCAUUGGAAAUAUUCUUUGUUUUGAUACAUGAGAAAUACCAAAGCUGCAAUUUUGUUGACAGGUUGAACUUUUGUAUAAAUGUUUUUUUUUCUCAUCCAUUUUUAAAGAGCAGGUAGACUUUUUCACAUUGAACUAAGAAUUUGUCAUUUUCUGCAAAUAAACUAGAUGUCAGAGCUGUAGUAAGAGGCUUAAUUUGACCAAGGCAAUUGAGAAGGGAUUUUGUUUUGUGUUUUUUGAGUGCUUUAAAUACUGAAGGCAUAAGUUUUGGUGAUUUGCAGCAGCAGGAGUAAACAUGGAUUGGGGUCUUGAUGCUGUGAGGGUGGGGAGAUUUUCAGAGAAAAAUUCAGAGUAUGACAUAAAGUAACACAUAAAUUGUUCUUGAAAACAAGACAAUGCAAGUGAUAUGGUGAACAAAAAUCUAUAAAAUAGGCAAAAAUACCUAUGUAAGAGUACACCGUUGCACAUUUUCGUGAAGGUGUCCACUGGUUUUUGUGUUUGAAAUAUUUAUAUUGUGGAUUGACUUUUUAAGAAUCUAAUGUUAAAGGAUACAUUAUUUUGCUAAACCUAUUAUCAUUGUUGCUUGGUUUUAUUUGUGUUUUAUUAAUUCUUUAAGUAUUCUUUGUUUGUUAUGCUUAUAGAUCAAUAAUACCAAAUUGUUUAAAGCACUUGUUUAGCUAACCAGAGCAAAAAAUACUUGGGGUCAGUUUUUGUGAUAGUCCUUUGUUGUUUUGUGUCUGUACAUCUAUACAUUGUUCAUAUUUUUCUUCAUCUCCUCUAAAGCCAUUUGGCAGAAGUUGAUGAAACUUUUCAUGGUUCUCUUCCAAAUUGAUUAAAAGUAAUACAUUCCAGAACUCUUAUUCUGUCAACACAAUGGAAAUGUUGUUUUUUUUAAAUCUUUUUGUCAGUUAGUGUUAGCUGGAUUUUAAAAUAUUUUUCUGAAAUGUUACACUGGCAGGUAACACUUUAUCAAGAACAGUAAAAUUAUUUCAGUUUGUACAAAAAAAAAACAUUGCUGCUUAGGGCAUAGUAAUUUUUCCAUAUUUGGACAUUGUAGGAAAUUUAAAAAUCUUGUAUGAAAGUGCUAGCCUGACUUCGUAAUAAAUUCACAGAGACGUUUUUUGGUGGCUUGCUUCCAAGAUUGUACAAAUUAUUCUGGUAUGUCACAAACAUGGCAGCAAGAGGGUUUGGUAUUUGCUAGAAACUGUAAAAAUCUUCUUGUCAGAAACUGCUUUUAUACUUUUAAGAUUAUUUCACACUAAUGUUUCUUGGGUGGGGGGAUGUUUACAAUGGUUGUUGAAGUUAUUCCAGUUUGUUUAAAAAAUGUGUUCAUCAGAUUGAAAAUAGAAGAAUCUUCAAACAACAUUCUUCAAAUUUUUCAUUAGAUGACACUGUGCCAAGAUUGUUGAGCAGAUUCCAGUUUGUAGAAAAAAAUAUCUUAAAAAGCAGUCUCCUCCAAAACCUCUUGCUGUACUUUGAAAUGAGUCUUUGGGGAUUGUCUACUAUAAAUGUUGAAGCCUUCUUAAUAUGUCAAAAACAUGACUGCUGGUAUUGGGGCUAGUUGCUUUACUGAGAGUCUUCUCUGAAUCUGCCGGCCAGUACUUAAAACAGUUUGGCAGAAAUGCUUCUUAGAUAACUACCAAAAUUGUUAGCUGUUUGAGCUGUGAAGCCUGGGUGAGUGAUCUUGGGGCCAUUAUGACCCUCUUGUUUAGAUUUUUUGGUGGAACUUAUUUAUAUACCAAAUAACUGCCACCCAUCUGUCAUACAAUUUUAUUCAAAUCAUUUAUGAUAGCAUUAUUUAAAAAGUUAAAGACAAUAGUAUUAUAGACAGUUAUUUCUGUUGUUACGUACAUCUUAAAGACUACUAAUUUCAUUUUUAAAUUAAAGACUUUCAGUUUAUAUUUGUAACUGAAUUAAGACCAUCUGUACAUUUUUUUCCAAACAUUGUCUUCAUUUAGAGGAUUUUAUACUGUAGCUGCAAAAAGUCCUUAUGAAGUUGUUAUUACAGUAAGUUGUUACACGUUUAUAUGAAGAACAUGAAAUUACCUUUAAUGACAUCAGUAACAUAUACUGCAUUUCUAGAACAUAUGAUUUGAUAUUUUUUUAUAAACAGAAAAACAGUUGAAAAUGAAAUUUGAUUGUUUUAUAUUUAUUUAAUUUACAUAUGAGCAUUAAAAAUAUGUAUAAAUUGAAAAUAAAAAGUUCGAAUGUGUAUUAAUUGCUUGAAAGAACUUGAUGAAAUUAACAUUACAUGAUAAAAGUGUU